GGGAGAGGAACAAAAAGGAGGAGCUGGAAUCACAUGGAGUUUGUUUGGUUGAUGGGGCCUCCAUAUCCCUCCGCCCGACAAUUAUGAGCUGAAACUUUUAGUUUUGUCAAAAAGAAAGAUUCUUCUUCUCCUCGUCCAUCGUCGGGAAAAUCAUGGCCGACGAUAAGGAGAUAACUGCCCCAGUUAUAGGUGCAAAUGAAGCAGUCACAGGUCAUAUCAUUUCCACAACAAUUGGUGGCAAAAAUGGAGAACCUAAACGGACUAUCAGUUACAUGGCAGAACGCGUCGUUGGGACAGGGUCAUUUGGAAUUGUUUUUCAGGCAAAAUGCUUGGAAACUGGAGAGACAGUGGCAAUAAAGAAAGUUUUGCAAGACAAAAGAUACAAGAACCGUGAACUGCAAUUAAUGCGCACGAUGGAUCAUCCAAAUGUGGUUUCUCUAAAACAUUGCUUUUUCUCCACCACGAGUAAAGAUGAGCUUUUUCUCAAUUUAGUCAUGGAGUAUGUCCCAGAGAGCUUGUAUCGAGUUUUGAAGCAUUACAGCAACCAAAGAAUGCCUCUCAUCUAUGUGAAACUUUAUACUUACCAAAUUUUCAGGGGUUUGGCAUAUCUGCACACUGUUCCUGGAGUUUGCCACAGGGAUUUGAAGCCUCAAAAUGUUUUGGUUGAUGCCCUUUCUCAUCAGGUCAAGAUUUGUGAUUUUGGAAGUGCAAAGAUGCUGGUGAAGGGUGAAGCAAACAUAUCUUACAUAUGCUCACGUUUCUAUCGGGCCCCAGAACUUAUUUUUGGUGCCACAGAAUAUACAACUUCAAUUGAUAUUUGGUCAGCUGGUUGUGUUCUUGCUGAGCUUCUUUUAGGACAGCCAUUAUUCCCUGGGGAAAAUGCAGUGGACCAGCUCGUGGAGAUUAUCAAGGUUCUUGGUACACCCACUCGGGAAGAAAUUCGUUGUAUGAAUCCCAAUUACACUGACUUUAGGUUUCCACAGAUAAAGGCCCACCCUUGGCAUAAGGUUUUUCAUGAACGGAUGCCUCCUGAAGCAAUAGAUCUUGCCUCACGGUUACUGCAAUAUUCCCCAAGCCUUCGUUACACUGCACUGGAGGCUUGUGCACAUCCUUUCUUUAAUGAGCUUCGAGAACCUAAUGCCCGUCUGCCAAAUGGUCGCUCAUUACCUCCUCUUUUCAACUUUAAGCAGGAGUUGUCUGGAGCUUCUCCGGAGCUUGUUGCCAGGUUGAUACCAGAGCAUGUGAGACGGCAAAUGGGUCUAAAUUUCUUCCCCUCAAUCACCUAACCUUUAGUACACGGAACUGGUUUAUACUGCUUGACGAGGGAGAUGCAUAGGGCUCUAAAGUAACCUGCCUGAUCAGCAGCAUUUCUUUCUUUAGCCUACCGGAAAUGUUUUAGGCAGUUGGAUGGCGGCUCUUGUUGACAUGAUGCUUUUCCUUUGCUAUGCCUGGAUGAAAAUUCCACUCCCAAUCCCCACUUAUUCCUCUCUCCCCCCCAACCAACCAAACCAAACAAAAAAAGUGGGGGAGCAGAACCUAUUUGUAUAUGUUCUGUUUUAAUUGUUAUAAUCAUAAAGUUCUUUCAGAGAAAAAGCGAAAAAAAAAAGGUGGAUAAGUAUGUACGUGUACCGAAGGGGUAGGAAGGGUCUUGAACAAACAGUGGGGCAUGGGAAGCUUGGGGUUUCUUCUUGUUUGUUCAAUUUGUUUGCACUUGUUUUGAGAUUGUUAUGGCUGACUGUCAAUCAUAGGAACUUGCUCUCUCCUUGUAUCCGUGCUAUGUUACAAGUAGUACUCCCACUGUUGCAUCUGCUGCUA